GUAGUGCGUAGGCGGGGCUCAAAGUUCCAGCGCGCCCUCCCCGAGGGAGUGGGCGGCUACUGCUUUUCACUCUGGCCGGUGCUGUCAAAUGAGGGAUAGAUAAUCCCAGCAGAACUGAGCCCAGGCCAGCACCUAAAUCAAGUCCGACUUUGCGGAUAAUGAGAUGUGACUCAAGAGAAGUUUCUAGGGACGUGAAGGAAAGCAAGGCAACAUCCCUGGUUUAACCGGGCUGUGGUCUCCAAAGAAGAAAGCGGGAGGUACUCCACCCUAGCUAGGAGGACACGCUUCCUUCUUCACCCUUUUGUUCUUUUCCCUCCUCGGCUCUUGGCCUCUGACUGGCCUUUGUACGCCGAAGUGGAACUACAAGUCCCGGCAGGCCACCGGGUAGGCGCAGGCGUGAUAGAAGUGCUCGGCCACGCUGCAGGAGGCGGGCCAAGUAUUAGGCAUCUGAUUGGUAGGGCAUAUUGCAAGCUUUGAUCACUGGUUGGCUGAGGCAGCUGCCGGAAAGGACCCAGCCUCGAGUUGGAAGAGCGGAGGCGUUCUGUGGGCUGGGCUGAGGAGCCUCCUCCCUGAGACAGCAUCGCCUAGACCCCCAACCAGGGAGUGACCACCCUGGGGCUGUCCUAGUCGGUUCUGGCAUUGCUUCUAUCCGGUGGUGGCGGAGACACAGAGGGCGGGUCAUGCCCUGGGAUCAGGGAGGAGAGUGACCGGCCCUGGUCCAGGGCCCUCCCCGCACGCCUCUUGGCCAGAACUAACUCCAGCCCUGGGGAGUGGGCAGGGCCUAUUUGCAGUGCCUCACGCCCUGCUUUUCGCCUCCUUCAGCGCUGUCUGCUAGCUGCUUUUCCUGCUGUCUCUCCCGGGAGGCCAACCCUUGUGCCCGAGAUGGCAGCCACCCUGCUCAUGGCAGGGUCCCAGGCACCUGUGACAUUUGAAGAUAUGGCCAUGUACCUCACCCGGGAAGAAUGGAGACCUCUGGAUCCUACACAAAGAGACCUUUACAGGGAUGUUAUGCAGGAGAAUUAUGGAAAUGUUGUCUCACUAGAUUUUGACAUCAGGAGCGAGAACGAAGUGAAUCCAAAGCAAGAGAUUAGCGAAGAUGUUGAAUUUGGGACCACAUCUGAAAGACCCGUUGGGAAUGCUGAGGAAAAUCCUGAAGGGGAAGAGGCCUUUGGAACCGGGGACAGGUCGGAAAGACAGUGGGGGGAUUUGACAGCUGAAGAGUGGGUAAGCUAUCCUCUCCAACAAGUCACCGACCUGCUCGUGCACAAAGAGGGCCACACGGGCAUCCGCUAUCACAUAUGUUCCCACUGUGGGAAGGCCUUCAGUCAGAUCUCGGACCUUAACCGCCACCAGAAGACCCACUCGGGAGACAGACCCUAUAAGUGCUACGAGUGUGGAAAGGGCUUCAGCCGGAGCUCCCACCUCAUUCAGCACCAGCGCACGCACACGGGGGAGCGGCCAUACGACUGCAGCGAGUGCGGCAAGAGCUUCGGGCGGAGCUCGCACCUCAUCCAGCAUCAGACCAUCCACACCGGCGAGAAGCCGCACAAGUGCAGCGAGUGCGGGAAGAGCUUCUGCCGCCUGUCCCACCUCAUCCAGCACCAGAGGACCCACAGCGGGGAGAAGCCCUACGAGUGCGAGGAGUGUGGCAAAAGCUUCAGCCGCAGCUCGCACCUGGCGCAGCACCAGCGGACGCACACGGGCGAGAAGCCCUACGAGUGUAACGAGUGCGGCCGGGGCUUCAGCGAGCGGUCGGAUCUCAUCAAACACUACCGCGUGCACACCGGGGAGAGGCCCUACAAGUGCGACGAGUGCGGCAAGAACUUCAGCCAGAACUCGGACCUGGUGCGGCACCGCAGGGCGCACACCGGCGAGAAGCCGUACCACUGCAACGAGUGCGGCGAGAACUUCAGCCGCAUCUCGCACCUGGUGCAGCACCAGCGCACCCACACCGGGGAGAAGCCCUACGAGUGCAAUGCCUGCGGGAAGAGCUUCAGCCGCAGCUCUCACCUCAUCACACACCAGAAGAUCCACACCGGGGAGAAGCCCUACGAGUGCAACGAGUGCUGGCGGAGCUUUGGCGAAAGGUCGGAUCUCAUCAAACACCAGAGAACGCACACGGGAGAGAAGCCCUACGAGUGCGUGCAGUGUGGCAAAGGGUUUACCCAGAGCUCCAACCUCAUCACGCAUCAGAGGGUCCACACCGGAGAGAAGCCUUAUGAAUGUACCGAGUGCGAGAAGAGUUUCAGCCGGAGUUCAGCCCUUAUUAAACACAAGAGGGUGCAUACUGACUAAGUCCUGUAAUUAUGACUGAGAAGCCAUUCGUUUGAAGGUACAGUUGACAUCUGUGAGCUCGCUUGAGGCCGAGCUGCUUUUACCCUGCUGACUUUCCUGGUUGUGGGCUCUAAUUAGAGCAUCCAAGAAGACCGUCACUAUGAAAUUCAGCCGCACAGCUCUGAAACUUUAUCCCUCCUCCAAAAGAGAGACUUCCGUUCACUCAAUUUUUAUUCACUCAAUGGAUUACUUCAUCAAAUUCAGUCCUGCAAGUAGCUGAAACUCUGAAGACCAGGGGCAAAUGCUGGUGAAUGCUCAGGCCUGGGGUUGGAGUAAAUCUUUAAAGGUUACUUCUACCAUCCAGGGCCCAAAAUCUCUGCUAGGGGAAAUGUGGACUGUAAUAGGGUGGUCAAGUUUGCUUUGAAAAAAGGCAACCAGACUUGGCCUGAAUUGCCACCCGUGUUCACACACCAGAGUAGAGGGCACACACAUCCUCCCCUCCAAAGGGCUUUCCCUUGAGUCGCUCUGCAUCUUUCCUUCUUCCUGAGAGCGGGAUUCUGCAUGAUGAAGGCAAUGAUCAAAUCUUUUCUCCUUCUCAUUGUUUCUAAUUAACUUGUUUGAAGCUUGUGUCUUUGUAGAUACAAGUGUGAAAGGAAAAAUGAGACAUGGGUUUGAGGACCAAGACCCAUCAUCAACGGUGGUGACUUUAGCAAGAGGUGCCCACUGUUGUAAUUGCUAUUAAUCAGGUUUAUGAAUUUUCUUUGGGAAUCAUUGUAUGGAAUAUUGUAGGGAAAAUAUCUUCAAGGAAAGAUAGGACCACAAGUGAUGGUGGAGUGAAAGGAUUAAGUGGAACCGAACCCCUACGGGAAGGAAGCACAGAGUCCCUUCCUAAGGAAUGUAGGUCAUUUCUGUAUUCUUCCCCUUCUAAUCUUUAAGAUCAAUUCUCCCUAAACUGCUAACUCUAGGGUUUGAUAGGGCCACAUCCUAGUGUUUAUCUUAGCUUGCUAAGGGCAUGUCUCUGUACAGUGAAAUGUGUACUCCUUUGGUUUUACUAGUAGUGGUAACUGAAUUUUCAAAGAAUUAGCAUGUUCUUGGGUGGUGUGGAUCAUGUAACAGAACUACAGACAUAACUCCAAUGUGAGAAAUGUCCUUUUUUUUUUUUAAUUUGUAUGGAAAAAAAUUUAAAUGCUAGUGCUCAUGUGUGCACCGUCCUGUAAGGUUUGUCUUUGUAUAGAACGCAGCACUUGUUUGUAUGUUUCCAUCAAUUGGAGAGAUAACGACUGGACAAUAAGUUUAUUGUCCUAUUCUCAGACUGCAUUAACUUCAAUGGCAAUGAAGACCUCUUUGGCCUAGUCAGAAGGAAUUAGUAAACCUACAUAGGAAUGUGUUUUUAUCCUCCCAACCUACAAAUAGAAAUGGUUAAAGCAAGAGUUGGCCCCAUUUAAGCCCAGUAGAAUCAGUUUUCCAUCUCUUAGCCCAAGUAGGAAUUAAGAAAUAACCUAAAUAUUGAUACUUCUGCAAGUCUGUGGGGGAUGGGAAGGAACCAGCGCCCAGGAGGUGGGGCUGGAAUAAGGAAUGUGUUUUCCUUUGAGAAGGCCCCAGUGUGUUUCUACCAUGCUUUCUUGUGAAUGUUGUAACAUUUGGAAAAAAAAAAUAUUUUUGCCAUAUCUCUUUAGGACUGGUAUGCACUAAGCAUGUACAAGGUCCUGGUUUCAAUCCCCAGCCAUUGGUCUCUCUGGGACAGAGACUGUACUAGUGAGUUACUGUGACCCACCACUGUGUGGGAUCACAUCAGUUGCAAAUGACACACAUCAAAAGUAAGAAAAUGAAAAAAACCACUCCAAGGGGGUUUCUUCAUAUUUAAAACGAACGUGGGGCAGGGAGCAUGUUAUUUUGUUCUAUACAAAAUCUAGAAGACUGUGAGAAUUCCUAUUUUAGUUGUCGGGUGACUUGUAUGUUCUUGGUAACUAAACUCAAGUAUGUCUUCUCCUGUAUCAAUGUUGCUGAUGGUUUUAAUGAUUUCAGCAUUCUGGUGCUGCGUUGAUCUACUACAAGUGUCACCCUGGGAGUGGGCAUAGAAGUCAGCACCUCUGUGACCUAACUGUAUCUCACACUCUUACUCUGCUCUUCUUACCUCACCCCGACCUGUUCCUGCUGCUGCCUUUGGCUUCUUAGAGGUGAAGGGCUCAAGAAAAGGCUUCUGGGUGCCCACCCAUCUCCAUACGUGUAUGCUCCAGUGGGGAAGUUAAAAGGGCUAGGGCCACACGGCCCUGUCUCCUCUUUCUGCCCGUUGUUACCCAUUUGCUGUGCUGAACUGGGUGCAGAAGUCCUGCAUCAGACCCUCUUGGCUAAUGGUUUUGCUUGGCUUCUGUUCUCAAGUCCCUGGCUGCUUCUGCACAUGAACACCCUGUGCCUGUUUUCCGUGGAUGUGGAGAGUGAAUGAACAGUAAAUCUGUAGAGCAUUUUCCCUUAUGGUAUUGGUCACAGUUAUCCUAGUGUCAAUUGACAUCUGUAUUAUUCUAACAAUACUCUAUAAUUAAAACUACAAUUUAAAAAUCAAAACAGCUGAGAAUUAUUUUAGUAAUUCACUCAUGCAUAUAAAGGCUUUUCAUCAGAUUCAUUAAAAUUGGGCACGACCAUCUUGA